CCUUGGAUAACCAUUUUGUGCCAGAAGGUCCUGUGAGUUGUGGCCAUUUGUAGACAUUGAGAGUGAGGAUUUGGCUGUACUGACUCAAUAUUAAGAGGUCCUUCCAAGAAAUCCCACCCAGGUCGCAGUUUCUAACGCUCAGAUCCAAAUCUGGGAGUGCAGGCGGUCUGUUGAGAGGCACCGAGUGAGGCACAGAGAGGCUGAGACGCAGAUUGGUGGCGGGCAGCAGCAGGCGGGUGGAGAGCCUUUGUUUAAAAGAUGGCUCCCAAAAAGGAUAUCAAAAAGCGCCCCAAAAAGCCCAGAUUCCAAGAGGGAGAUCGUGUGCUGUGCUUCCGUGGGCCUUUCCUGUAUAAAGCUGAGUGUUUGAAUGUGUCUGUGAAAUACAGGAAGGUGACAUAUCAAGUCCGUUACUCUGGGGUGAAAGAAAAGAAUUCCCUGAAGGCCGAGGUCACCGAUCUUUCUCAGCCUGAUCUUUGCCAGCCAAGCACCAGUGAGGCCUGGGACACUGCAGCCCUCGGUGCCGAUGACUACGAUGCUGGCCUGGCCUUCCAAAAGCGCCCCCCGCCCCAGGCUGAGUGGGAGAAGGAAUGGAUUCCACAAAGCAAAUUACUCAAAUACAACCCCGCCAAUCUGAAGAAACUAAAAGAUCUUAACCGAGCGAAUCAGUGGCAAUCUACAGAAGGGACCGCGUCAGGGCCAAUUACCAGAGAAAAGGCCUCUUCUCUCCAGAAGAAUAACGUUGAGGCCUCGGCCGUAGCAGCGCCCAGACGUACAAUUGUCCGAAGAAACAUCACUCAAGUCGAAGAGCCUAGCAGUACCAUCGGUGAUCAACCUAAACGAGGAAGAGGGCGUCCUCCUGGGAGUGGGCGCGGGCGUGCGCGUGUGGUGGUACCUCGGAAGAGACGGGUCCGCUUCAACCUUGCUGCAGAUGACAACGCUGAUGAUGACCGCUAUCAAAAAUUCCUCAGAAACACCGAGGCCAAAGUCCGUAUUCCCGAGGAACUGAAACCAUGGCUUUUGGAUGACUGGGACUUGAUUGUUAAACAAAACCAGCUUUUUCAUCUUCCUGCUAGGAAGACCGUGAAUUCAAUUUUGGAUGACUACGAAGAUUAUGAAAGACUUUCAAGAAGUGCAGACGAUAAGUGGAUGCAAGAUGUUAGUGAAGUGGUGAUAGGGAUCAAAGCCUACUUCAAUGUCAUCCUGGGCUCUCAACUGCUUUACAGAUUUGAAAGACUACAAUAUGCUGAAAUCCUGGCCAGUCUACCUAAUGUGCCCAUGUGUCAAAUUUAUGGAGCCCCACAUCUGUUGAGAUUAUUUGUCAAAGUCGAAGAAAUGCUGACCUAUACACCUCUUCAGGAGCAGAAUUUGGUUCUAUUGUUACAGCAUAUGCAUAGUUUCUUAGAUUACUUCGCAAAAAAUGUUUCCGUUUUGUUUAGUUCCAGCGAGUAUGAUGUUGCUCUUCCUGAGUAUUAUCGUAUGGCUUUAUUCUGAUGGUCUAUCACCAUAGACCAUCAUAUAUCAUCAUAAAAGUGUUCACAAAUGUUCAACUUGGAUUUUGCUAGCUGAAGAGAUGUAGCAGAUGACACAGAAAAUUGUACUUAUGGCAUACAUGACCAAUGUUCUUCAAAAUUUCUUUUUUUUAAAGGCUGUUUCAGUUGCUUUCCUUUUAGAACUGCUACUUGUUUACAUACUAGUGAGUCAUGUGGGAUGUUAUUUUACAUUGACAAAACUACUUUAAUUCUGUUGAACUUCUUUUACAAUAAGCACUUCUAAAAUCUGCCUUCCUGGGGAAUACCAAAGCAUCUAGUGCCAGAGGUUGAGCUUCUUAUAAAGACUUACUCACUUGGGUUAAUUUUCUUCCACGGUUUUGAAGUAUUCAGUAGCCCCUCGAUUCCAAUACAUGUCAAAUGGGAAAUGUCAAUCCCACCCAGAGAGGGGACUAUGGACUCUAAAUGUGGAUGUAGAAUUAACAUUUUCAUUUUUGUUUGGUUUUUUUUCUACUUUUGGUUUGAUUUUUCUGGCACAAAAUGACAUAUGGAAAUAUGCUUAAAAGAAUUACACAUAUUUAGCCUGUAACAGAUUUCUUACUGUUUGGGGGAGGGGGGAUGUAAGAGGAGGAGGGAGAAAAAACUUAGAACAUAAAGUUUUACAAAAAAAAAUGAAUUUGGAAAGUUAUGUGUAUUUGAAAAAUAAAACUAUUAAAAUUUGUUUAAUGAAACAAAAAGUUCAUAGCCUCUGCUUGAAAUCUAUCAUUCUGGGGCCAUAUUUUCUUUUCCAGAUUAUUGAAAAUGAUUUAUUAGUAUUAAGAUUAUCUAGGGAGCAUGAAUUUUUGAGAGUUGCUGUAUAAAUCCCAAAAAUAAAUCUUUACUGAAAAUUAAAA